UCCGCCGACGCCAACACCAAGACGGUCAGGAUCACCGCUCCCGAGGGAUGGACCCCACCCGAGCCCAAGAAGUUCACCGUGGCGGAGGGAAAUCUGGGCAACGUCAUCUCCGCGGCCGUUCCUCUGGUGCUCCGACUCGGCACCGGCGCCCUCGUCAACGGAUACGCCCCCUCCCUCGUGGACGACGACGAGCCCACCAAGUACUCCAUCGUGAGGUUCGCCGGCAAGAGGCUCGCCGAGGCCAACGCCCUGGGCCCGAGGCCGGCGCUGCCCAUCGAGGUGUUCGAGUACGAGGGAUCGCCGUACUGCAGAAAGGUGAGGGAGGCGUGCGCGUGCCUCGACCUCGACGUCGUCUACCGCCCGUGCCCCUCCGGCGAGAGCUACUGGCGCCCGAUGGCCAAGGCGGAGGGCGCCGCCACGUUCCCGUACAUGAAGGACCCGAACACCGGCGCGUCGAUGUGCGAGAGCGACGACAUCGUCGAGCAUCUCUUUCGCAACUACGGCCCGACGGCGGGCUCGGGCCUACCCGCAGACGCCGACGCGAAGGCCCUCGGCGUCCCUUUCAUGCUCCGCCGCGGCGGGAUCACCAACCUCACCUGCUACGCCGCCGCGGUGGCCAGGCUCAAGGGCCUCAAGUUUAGGCCGUCGAGGGCGUCGGAGGCUGCGAGCGCGGGCGAGCCCGUCGAGCCGCUCGUGCUGUGGACGUACGAGUCGAGCCCGUUCACGAAGGCGGUGCGCGAGGCGCUGACGGAGAUGGCGAUACCCCACGUCGUGCGGUACUGCCCCAGGGGAUCGGUGAGCAAGCGGGACGAGCUGCUGGCGAAGACGGGGACGUUUCAGGUGCCGUAUCUGGAGGAUCCCAACACGGGCGUCGCGAUGUUCGAGUCCGCGGCGAUGGUCGACUACCUCGAGAAGACGUACUCG